GCGCAGGGGGAUCUGUGAGCUGCAGCUUCUUGGCAGGAUUCUGGGAACAGCACCAAAACUGCCGAGAGGCAGCAAGCAGGUUUUGUGCUCUGAGUCAGAAGCAGGCUGAGAAGAUGCAGCCCUCAAAGCACAAACCCAAGAUGGGGAAGCGAAUCUGUACGAAGGGGAUAUUUCCAGUGUGAAGUUCAGAGCUUGGGGGGACCCUCUGCUACCAGCACUCUUGGUGAGUCUGCGGGUCAGCUGCUGGUUUUGGUGCAAUCACGGGAGAAGGGAGAUUGCUGCUUUUCACCACUGCUACCCCGAGCCAGCUCAUCCUUCUAGCUAUUUCUGUCUAUGCUUAUCUAUAGCAUCAUCCCCCUUGUGCCUGUGUACCUGCCAAGCAUUCAAAACAGGCACUGCUGUGGCAGCCUCCUUUCUCUCCAGCCUGGAGGAUAAAUGACUGGAUUGCUUUUUUUUAAUUGUUUUUCUGCGUCAAGAAUUUAUGGUGGGAAAGCUAAGCUGGAGAAACACUUUCAGGAGUGGGUGGCCAGGCUGGUAGAUCCCUGCUUGUUCUUAGUCCCUAGGGAGGUCCUGUAGUCUGGCCCUAGCCAGGCUCACUAGCUGCCCUGGACAUUGGUGCUCCCUUUGAAGGCAAUGGUUUCCUGGAGUGAGAUGUGGUCUCGGGUAAAAACAGACAAUGUUUGGAUGCGAGAGAGAAGACCUGGAUCUGACUUGCCUGCAAGGGGACCCAGAACAGAAAGCUGAGUGCUUGGGCUUCUGAUGAACAGAGAGCAAGAGCUUUCCCCAAGGAGCAUCUUCAGCAGAAACCAAAUAGUUGGCUGGAUUAACUGGCUGUCAUUCAGAAGGAAGUUGGCAGAUCUAUUUUGCUUUCGUUGAACCUCUUUACUGCACAUCAUAAAGAUUACCUGUGUCCGGAAGCUGCAGAGUAGACAACUGAGCAGCACAAAAAUGUGACUCAGACAAGAGACUUCAAGCCUUCUGACAAUGAAUUUUCUACUGAUUAGUUUCUAGUUUAAAUACAUAACUGAAGCAUGCAUAACAGUUAACCUGAUAGAGAAUAAAGAACUUUCUUAUUAAUUAGGACUGCCAAAAAAAGAGCAGCCACUUGAAGCUUCAAAAUGAGUGGUCCAUUAAUUCCAAACAAGUCAUGUUAUGCCCAGCUUCAGGACAACCACAGUGAAAUAAGAAAUAAUAAUGAAAGCAUAGUGAGUGUGGGGGAUACGAAUGCCAACCAAAUUGUAACAAAAGUUAAAGUCACUGAUGAAGAUGUUAAGAAACACAAUUUGACAGAUGAAAGUGGGAAUAUAUAUUCUGGAGGAACAGAGAAGGUUACUCAUCUGCAUACAGAGCAGAAUAAACUUCUGACCUUCAAAGACUCACGGACCUGUCACACCAGUGUACAGGAAAGUAAACUGCCCUCCACCACAAGCAAGGAAAUGGGAAAAGAUUGUAGGACCAGCGAAGUUAAGGAUAUAUCAAGGCAUAUCAGGAUUAGCCGAGGUCAAAGUCUGUCCAAUUUAAAAAGUAGCACAAAUGAUGCCAACCUGGAGGUUAUUUCCAAAGGUGAUGUUGACUUCCCCCAGAACUUUUCUAAGGGAAAAAUGCCCAGGACUGUGGAGGUGGAGAGAAUAAAAAGGCUCUCUUUGGGAAGACCAAGUAAAUUCUCUCCUCAGCCCGAAACAUUUACAAAAGACUGCGUUGGCCGUGUGUCGUGUAAACGUCUGCUUUCUGCAUCGUUGGACUCCAUCGACACAUCUCACCAUUUGAUAGGAAAUACAGAGAAAUCACAGAAAACAUCCACGGAUCAUUUUCUUGGGAUGAUGUUUCAUCCACUUGACAAUACCUCAGAGGAAAAUACUGUAUUUUAUUCCAAACCAUCUACCUCAGGGAACAAGAAAAUAAGUAAACCAGAAAAUGUACCAAAUGUUAACAUUGAAAGCACACUGCAUACUUCUCAUUCUCAACAUUCAGCUGUUAAGCUCAAUGAAAUUGUUUGUAAAUCAGAAGCACAAUUAGGUCAGGGUGAUAAAAGUAAAAAACUGGAGCUUAAAACUGCACCAUCUUUACAAUAUAAAAAUACGUGUCCACAAAAGAUAGAGAAAAUUAUGCUGGUAGAGUUCCUGGGGUGUCAAAGAGAUAAAAAUACAGCAGUGCAGGAACAGAAAGGCUCUGGGUCUGACACAUCAAAAUUUCAAGCAUCUCAUUUUGAAGACACGUGUAAUAAAGCAGAGGACCCAUUGUCAAGCCAGGUGGUAACUUACCCUGAUGACAAAUUGCGAAGUGGUAAUGUCACUAUCAGUGGGAAAAGGAGAGGAAGCAAUGACAGUGACAAUAGGGCAACUAGCCAGGUUGGUGAGGAAGAUUUUACUGAUGAAGAAGUGGAAACAAUAUUUCCACUUACCUGUGGUAGUAAACCCAGUAUCAAAGUGACACCUAGAAAAAAUGAAAAUUUGCAUGAAGUUGACGCAGGCUGCGCUGAAACAGUUGCUGAACAGAUAUCUCUUAUACAUAACAUUAAUCCACCUGACAGCAAAGCCUUGAAAGUUAAUGAGAAUAAACUGAUGCUAGUCAAAGAAAGCACUGAGGAUGCCGUUGUGCCUGCUUCUGAUCUCUCUGAUCAUCACAGAGUGUGCAGUGCAGAGACAGCGUCAAACCAACAACCUGACAGCCACAACAGUGAUGUGGAAACCUCAAGUGUUCCAGUUUCAAGUAAAAAAGCAGCUAAUGCACAGAAACAUCCUGCAGAGGAAGUACCAGAGAGCUGUAAUGUUUCAACAAAGGCUGAUGUCUUUUUAUGUGUCCCAACUCCCGUGCGCCCAGUGGCAACGCUGGAUGUUAACAGUCAGCCCACGCUAUCAAACAGUAAUCUGAGGGACCUUUAUGCCCUUCCUGAUGACAAACUGUCAGUCCUACCUCCCAUUGACAGCACACAGUUGUUAAACAUAUCCCCUAAAGUGCCUAUCAAGACUGCUUGCAGCAGCUCCAUCCCAAAACCUAUCCUGGUCCACCCAAAGGGCUCUCCCACAGAUAAGGCGGGUGCAGACAGUGACUGCAGUGAAAAGCUGGAAGAAAAUGUGGAGAUCAAACCUGCCAUACCCCGGCCCAAACCCGUGAGACCUAAAAUCAUCACGUACAUUAGGAGAAACCCUCGUUCGAUAGAGCAGCUGGACCCCUUGUUUGCACCGGCAGGGCUACCCUUCGGUAGCCCAGCGUGCAGCAUGCCCAUCUCUGCGGAGCAGAAGGCAUCCAACGGAGGGGAGGCAAAGCCCACCAGCAUCCUGUAUGACAAAUUUAAACCUGACCUCCAGAAGCCAAGACUCUUUGGUUCUGGACUCGUGGUGUCAGGAAUUAGACCCCCAGGUCAUCACUUCGGUCCAGUGAGUGAGAAGUUUCUGCAGGAGGUUGGGGAAAGGCCUGCGAAAGAUGAGUUUUGCCCUCCACCAUAUACUCACUAUGAGGUCCCACCAAGUUUUUAUCGAUCUGCCAUGAUACUCAAGCCACAGUUAGGACUGGGUGCAGUGUCCAGGUUACCAUCUGCAAAGAGCAGGAUUCUCAUUGCGAGUCAAAGAUCCUCAGGUAGCUGUCUCCAUCAGCAAGGAGAAAUAACAAAUGCUCCCAGCCUCUAUCAUCCUGAUGCUUCAGUUGAUCUUAAGAAAGGAUCAUGUCCAAGUGCUGCAAAAUCAAAUCUUCCCAAGCCCUGCCAGUCUGGACUUCGUCCUCCAGGUUAUUCACGGUUGCCAGCAGCAAAGCUGGCCGCUUUUGGUUUUGUCAGGAGCUCAAGCGUAUCCUCUGUCUCCAGCAACCAGUCAAAUGACAGUGCUCAGAGUGAUCAAAGCAGAACAACUAACCGUUCCAGCUUUGGAAAUGAAGAUCAAGCCACCCCUAAGGCAUCUGCACCUUCUAAAGAUGUUCCCAAGGGGAGCAGCAAGAGCACAACCCAGGCGUCAAGCAGCACAGCGACUCCCCGCAGGAGCUUACUUCCAGCGCCAAAAACUGCCACAGCACCUGCUGCAGGCGUGAAGAAAGAAGUACAAAAAGAUCAGGAUGCUAAUAGACCAGCUGUCUCAUCCCCUAAGAAAUCAGCCGUAACAACCACAAAGCUCCAUUCACCAGGACAUCCCAAGCAAAGGCCAACCACCCCAAAGAAUGGAUUAUCUCCCAAACCAGGAGAGGGUCGAGACACUGAAAAGCAGUUCAUUCAGAGAUUGAAGGAAAAAUGUGAUGAACAGUCCCGGCAACUAAUCAAUAUUCAAGAUGAGCUUAAAAGGGCCAGCUGUGGCUUUGAUGUCUUUGCUAUAACAACACAGUACUUUUUCAGGCAGAAUGAAAAUGCCCUUGUGAAAAUAAAGGAGUUAGGAGUCGAGCUUGCAAAGAUCAGGGAUGAAGUCGCCCUCAACACGGCAAGAUGGAAGAAACUACUGAGUGAGAAGGAGGAGCUGGAGAGGCGCUUCGAGGAGGAGGGGAAGCAGCUCUGCAGGCAGCAGCAGGAGGAGAUGCAGGCCCUGGAGCAGCGGCUGCAGGAGGAGUACAGCACUAAGAGGGAGAGCCUGCAGGAGCAGCACAGGCUGCAGCUGGAGCAAGCCAAAUUGCAGCAUCAGGAUCAGGUGGAAGAUAUCACAGCUGUACAUGAAGCUGCAAUGUUACAGUUGGAAAAUAACCACAUAGUUGCCAUUACGGUACUGCAGGAUGAGAAUGACUGCAAGAUUCAAGAACUGAAUACUGCUCACAAACUGGAAAAGGCACAACUAGAAGAGACUUUCGAAAAACUGCGGCUGUCACUCCAGGACCAGAUAGACACCCUCACCUUCCAGAAUCAAUCUCUUAAGGCCAAAGCAGACCGAUUUGAAGAGGCUCUGAAGAAAAACACUGAGGAACAACUGAAGAUUGUGCGAGCUCCAUAUCUGCACUUAGAAAAAGAUUUGAAGAGCUUAAAACAUGUUCUGGAAAUGAAGAACUUCCAGAUUCACCAACAGGAGAAGAUGAUUAUGGAGCUGGAAAAACAGGUUGAAAAAAAUUUAAAACUGGAAGAAAAAAUCACCAUGCUGCAACAGCAGAACGAAGAACUCAGAGCCAGGAUUGAGCAAAAUACUGUCAUAACAAGGCAAUUGUCAGAGGAGAAUGCUAAUCUUCAAGAAUACGUUGAGAAAGAAGUGGAGGAGAAGAAGAAGCUCAGCAGGACCAACGAAGAGCUCCUCUGGAAGCUGCAGGAGGGAGACGCCGUAAGCCCUGUCAAACUCCCACCUGCAUCGUCCACUUCUUUUUAUCACUGCUCAUCAGAGAACUCCUCUCCAGCAAAAGUCAGAACCUUGCGGCGAUGAAUCAGCAGCUGUGUGCCGGAGGUUCCCUGCCUUUUACGCAUUUCCAAUCUGCAGAAUAUUACCAUCCAAGGAAGUAUUACCAUCAACAGGCACCCAGCGUUCAUGGCUGCAAGCAUGUUUGGUAGCUGCAUAGCUUUACACUAGGCAGGGUACUCUUAUAGUCCCCAUAUAGAAAUUCUUGGUUCUGACGUGUCGAUUAGGGUAGCAAAAAAGAUAGCAAAAAGCUAGAACAGCAGAAAGUUAGGAUAGCAAAAAGUUUAGUUUGAUGUGUGAACAUUAUAAGUAUGGUUAGAGCCAAAAGUUGGAAAAUGCUCUAUUAAUGGUUCAUCAGAAUGAACUUUUGCUGCAGUAUUUCAGGUUAGUUACAAAUACAGUUGAAGUUGUGAAUAUUUCUGUAUAUGUGUCUGUGUUUAUAUACAUGUACGAAUUGUACCUUUAUACCAAUAUAUAGACGCACACACAUAUAUAUGUAGUUGCAGAUGUUCUGAAUUGCAUUUUUUAUAUUAUUGGAUACUACUAAGUGCUGAUAUAUUUUCAUUACAGUCAGCAGUUUUCUAACUCGUGCCUAAGACUUGUAUCUAAACAAAAUGCAUUUCUGUUUAGACUCCCAGGAAUAUUUGUACCCAACCUAGAAGAAAGUUACACAGAAGUAGAAGCGCCUUCCAAAUGACCACCAAGUGGUACUCUAUGUAACAUGAACACCAGCGAAUUUGAAAUUCUGAGACAGUACUGCCUUUGAAACCAUCACCUUUGCAUUGAAUACCAGAUAAGAUAUGCAUACCAUCCACUGCUUUUUGACUCUUAGCAUUGACAUUGUAAGUGGAGAUAGGCUAGAGAUGAGAAACCUGAGGGGUUUAGCAAAUUUGAUAGAGGUUACUGGUUAUACAUGGUUCAAUUUUAGUGUCUUUAAAUCUGAGUCAGAUCUUUAUCUUGAUUUACCUUGUCCUGAUUUGGGUACAAUCAAAAUCUCUGGUUGGUUCGUGUCCAUUUUUUUAAUUUCCAGUCCCAUAAGCAAGAAGGAGAAAAUAAGUUGUUCAUCCUUGACCUGUGCUGGAUGAGAGGUUUCCAAUAUUAGGAUGAGAUACUGGGCACCUGCUAGGGCUCUAGCCUCCUUCCACCUGAAAUGCCAAAUAGAGCACAGCCAACUACACGGGCGCAAAUGAAGUCAGAAUUACUUUCCUUCCACAUAUCUAUAUUAUUUCACAUUGCUAAAGCUUACCCAAAGUUACAGAGCACUUUGAAGAUUCACGGAAAUGAGUGGCUAAACUAACUUUAACUUUCCCAUCUAGAAGGAAAAAGCCUGUCACCCAGGCUUUGGGUGACACCCUACCUGAGGGAGUGGUGGGGCCGAGAAGUGGCUGUGGUGGGACAGUCUGCAGGGCCCUCGUGGGCACUGCUAGCAAGUAAAAAAUAUCCCUGAGCACGAUUUCAAAAACAAGGAGAUCUGUGGGAUGCUUUUCUACCCAGCUCGGGGCAAAGAGCCUGCAUGCAGGCCUGCUUUGCACACUGGGGUCAAAGUAAGCAGGGAGACAGUACAUGAAGCAAACCCCUGGGGUGCAGGAGCGCUGUGGGGAGGACGGCUCUCCCACCUGGGUGUGCGUGGCACCAGCGCACCCUGCACCCACAGGGGUGGGAAUGCACUGCCCAGCAAACUGCUCGAGUGGGAGCUAUGCUUCAGCUUUCCUGGGAAGUACUCAGGAUUCACAGACUGCAGCUUAGAUACAGCUUCAAACACCGUAAAAGCACCUGUGGCCUGUUCCACAGUGUUAAAAAAAAAAAAAGGUGAUUUUUUUUUUUCUCCUUUUUAGAGAAAUUUAUUUUUGUAGCAGCUUUUGCAUGAUACUGUGGUACUGAGCAUCGUUAGAAUAGAUCAUGCCACACCAGCUACUGCUGUUGAAAUGCAUUACUAGAUUUUAGUGUGUCCAGCAAAUACAGCUGAAAGUGAGAUAGAUACCUAGCACGUACAUGCACACAAAGCCUCUUCUUGCCAAGUACAACUUUAAUCACUUUGAUACUUACUAACUACACAGAUAUACCUGCAAUACCUACUGCAUUUACCUGCAAUACCUACUGCAUUGUCAUCUUUCAUCCCACCAAUACAAUUCAGGUAAAAUGAGAUCAUAGAAGCAUAGGAUGAUUUGGGUUAGAAGGGAUCUUUAAGAUCAUCUGGUCCAAGCACCCUGCCAUGCACUGGGACACCUUCCACUAGACCAGGUUGCUCAGAGCUCCAUCCAGCCUGGCCUUGAACACUACCAGGGAUAGGGGCAUCCACAACUUCUCUGGACAACCUGUUCCAGUGUCCUACCAUUCUCAUUGUAAAAAAAUCUCUUCCUUAUGUCCAAUCUGAAACUAUCCUUUUCCAUUCUAAAACUGUUGUCCCUUGUACUGCCACUAGAGGCCCUGGUAAAAAGUUUAUCUCCAUCUUUCUUACAGGCCCCCUUUAGAUACUGAAAGGUGCCACAAGAUCUCCCUGGAGCCUUAUCUUCUCCAGGCUGAACAACCCCAACUCUCUCAGCCUAUUUUCAUAGGAGAGAUGCUCCAGCCUUCUGGUCAUCUUUGCGGCCCUAUUCCAGACUUGCUACGGCAGGUCGAUGUCCUUCCUGUGCUGAGGAACCCAGAGCUGGAUGCAGCACUGCAGGUGGGGUCUCACCAGAGCACAGUGGAGAUCCUCGACCUGCUGGUCAUGUUUCUUCUGAUGCAGCCUAGGAUAUGAUUGGCUUCCCGGGCUUGAAGCAUUCAUUGCCGGCUCAUGUCCAGCCUCUCAUCCACCGGUAUCCCCAAGUCUUUCUCCUCAGGGCUGCUCUCAAUCCAUUCAUCCCCCAGCCUGUAUUGUUACCAGGGGCUGCCCCAAUCCAGGUGCAGCACCUUGCACUUGGCCUUAUUGAACCUCAUGAUUUUCUCAUGGACCCACCCCUCAAGCCUGUCAAGGUCCCCUGGAUGGCAUCCCUUCCCUCUGGUGUAUCAACUGCAUCGUUCAGCUUGGUGUCAUCUGCAAACUUGUUGAGGAUGCACCUGAUCCCCCUGUCCGUGUCAUCAGUGAAGACAUUAAACAGUUCUGGUUCCAAUAUGGACCCGUGAGGGCCACCAGUUGUUACUGAUUUCCAUUGGAACAUGGAAAUCAAUGCAACCAUCAAUGCAAGCCAAUUCCAUAUCCAACUUCCAUCCAUCAAACCCGUAUCUCCCGAAUUUAGUGACAAGAAUGUUGUGUGGGACUGUGUCAAAGACCUUACGGAGUCCAGGUAGAUGACAUCAGUUGCUCACCCCUCAUCCACUAGCGCAGUCACACCAUUGCAGAAGGCCACCAGACUUACUGAUAGUUUCUAGAAUCCUCCUUUUUACCCUUUGUAAAUUGGUUGAGAUGAUACAUCCAGAGUUGUUACCAUGAUGCUCCUCUCUACUUUUCUGUGCUAAACACACUAAUGCAUACUAUUGGCCCAGGACAGUCUGGCUGAGCCUGUUUUAAUUUAUUAACCCUUUCCCUCUAGUUCUGGUGCUUUCUUUAUCACUUUAUUGGUUUAAAGUCAUAUGCAAAAGAUGCUUCCAGCAGUGAAUUGGGAGUGGGGCUUUUAUGGUGGGAAAACUGGGAUCGAACCCAGCUCCACCAUCAUUCGGUAUCAUUGCCAAUCCUUUCCUAUCUAAUUUUUGCCUCCCAAUCCUGCCUCACACUGGAUUCUUCCUUGGCAGGGCCUCUAGGGCCUGCCCAAUCACUAGAAAAGCUGCAGGAAAUUUUGCCUGACCAGAACAGACCCAGCAACCCAUCCCUGUGGGGGCUGCUAAGGGUGGCUCCUCCUGUUGUGAGCCCAGAAACACAGACUUUUUUCCCCAAAAAAGUUAUUUCUUUUUCCUGUUUUUCCUGUCCUGUCCCUCUUUGCCUCUGCAUGCUGGAGUAGGUGUGAAAGAAAAGCCCAGGUCACUCAGACAGUGGGAGGAAGGGAGCAGCCCCUGAGUGGGGCAGCCAUUCCCAGGGUAUGAACACCCCUGAGUGCGUGGCCAAGCCUGUAACCCCUGCUCUUGCCAGGGAGGUGUAACCACGAAAGGUGAGCUUGGCAUUCCCAGCGGUGCAGGGGCCUUAUCUCCAGUCCGUGCUCACUGGCUGUCCCUGCUCAAAGGCAAGCAAUGGGAAGUAAUGUCUUUUGUGAGGCUGGAGACUUCCCGAAUCCAUGGCCACUGCAGGGACUUUCCCAUUUGGUAGGGUAGAGCAGCCUUUGGCAGGAGAGGGAACGUCGCCAGCACUAAGCAAGAAAGGGUUUUAUUGCCUCUCUCUUUAAAAAGAAGCUGUUUGCUUUGGUUAAUCUUUAAUCAAUGCAGAAGGGUGCAGCGACAAUAAAACUAGCCUACAGCUGCUCUGGAGGGGCUCCAGAGACAGGCACUGGGAGCAGGCAUCAGCCAUGGGAUGGCAGGAGACCCGGCAGCAAGCAGGGGCCAGGGGGAAAGCUCCUUUUUUCUGUGGAAAGAUACCAUUUGGCCCUGUUGGGAUGGCACCUCCUGCAGCUGCUGGCAGAGACGUGUUAACUCGGGCAAUGCACAGCGGCAAAGGCUUACGGUGGUGGCAGGCAGGGGGAGGAAAGGAGAAACUAUCAAGUGCAAAAUCAGGUAUUUUAUGUCUGCACUGAUGGUGGUUGUGUCCCAUGGACACGCUGAGGAGCCUCUGUACAGUUUCCCGCGCAGCAGGAGUUCUGUGGUCCCGUUUACUAUGUGGCUAAUGAUUACAGGAAGUUUGUAUUAUUUCAGUUACGAUGUACAGAUAAGUGUAAUAUAUUCCUGAUAAUAAAUACAUGCGCCAGUGCACCUGUGGGCUGGCGCAUACAGACCAGCA